UUUUUUUUUUUUCAAAAUAUUUUGAACAAAUACUUUUUUAAAAAAGUCUAUAUAUAUAUUUAUUUAAAUUUCAAUAUGUCAUCGGGAAGAAGUAAUAAGUCAUAUUAUAUUCAUUAUUAUAAUCAUAGGGAAGACCCGAAUAUUCCAUUUCCAAAUAUUGUUUACCCAAAUCCUCCACCACCACCAUUAAUUAAUAAAUAUUGUGAUUGUAGAAUUAUGAGUAUUAGAAAACAAGUAAAAUCUGGAAGAAAUAUGGGAAGAUUAUUUUAUAGUUGUAGUAAAUUUGGAACAUCCAUGCAUGAUGAUAGAUGUAAUUUCUUUUGUUGGGAGGAACCAAGAAUUAUUAAAACUCCACUUAAAUAUUCGAAAAGAAAAAGAUCUUUAAAUAAUCCUUUUUCUAAAAAAUCAAAAGAAGAUAAUUAUUCUAAUACAGAAAUUACAUCAUCCCAACAUUUAUCAACGCAAACACUUCCUCAAUUACGUAAAGAAAAUAAUACUCAUACCACACCAUUACGACCUUUACCGACGCAAACUACUCUUACUCAAAUAUUUAAUUCUAGCAAAUCUAAUCGAAAUUAUGAAAUUUCAUCUACACCUAUUUUGGUUGAUAAAAAAGUUGAUCAAGUACAACAAAGUAAUGAAAGAAUACAAGAUAUUGAUAAUGAUACUUGUAAUUAUGUUAAAUCUUUGGAAAAGAAACUUGAAGAGAUUAAAGGGGAAUUGGAUAAAACAAAAUUGGAAUAUAAUGAAUUGGAGAAUUCAAAUAAAAUUCUAAAAAGGAAAUUACGAGAUGAAGAAGAGAGAAAUGAAUCUUUGAUUAAAUCGAACAAGAGAUUGAGAAAGGAUUUAGAUGAAAACAAAAAAAAUAUUAAGAGUUAUACAAAAGGAUAAAUAAUAAUUAUAUCUUUGUGUUUUCGUUUUAUUAGUAAAAUAAGUUUGAUAUAGCAGUAUAUAUAUUUUGGUAUUAC